GAUCACAUUCGAGAGAUUUCUCAGCGGAGUCCAAAACACAUGAGAGAAAUCCUGUCUACACCGACACAAAGUGACAGCAUUGGUGUUUUGUGAUCCACAGAGGUUCUUCACUUCGGACGGCUUACCUCAGCCACAGUCAUGGUGUGCAUUCCCUGUAUUGUGAUUCCUGUCCUAUUGUGGGUCUACAAGAGGUUCCUGGAGCCUAUCCUAUAUCCCUUCAUUUCACCAAUUAUUAAUACAUUCUGGACCAAAAAAGCAGUCCAGGAGACUGGCACAAGUGACCAAAAAGUUAGUGAAAAGAGUAAUGGGACUCACAAGCCGGAAAGCAAUGGUGAGGCCACUGCCAAUGGAUCUACUAUAGCAGCAGAUAAGAAGACAGACUGACAGCUUUAAAUGUUUAUAAUGCUUAUAAAACUGUGUAAAUAUUCCAUUAAUAUAAUAUAGAUAAACUAUGAAAUAACUUAUCAGUUCUCUUUGAAUGGAGUGGUUUUUACAACCUUCCAAAAUUGUGUGUGAAUUUUUAAUUUUUUCAUUCAGUAAAUUUAAUGAAUUGGUUAUUGUUACGUUUUCCCUGUUAAUCAUGUCGAUAUAUGCAUUUACUUUAUUGGAUAUUCAGUCUUAAUGAAAUAGUUUUUCUAAGUCAAACUUGCAGUUUAAUAACUGAAUAAAACAGAACCUUCAAAUAAAAAAAAGAUGCUCAUUUAUUACUGCCAUACACGCUGUGCUUCCACCUCAACCAGCUCGCUCAUUUUCACAUUGUGUAGUCACUAACAACUCAAUUUUGUUUGUAUUUAAUGACAUUCUAAACAAUAUAAAUUUGAUAUAAAUAUUAUGUCUCUGUAAAGCUUGUUUGCUGCUGUAACAACAAAAUGAUUCUCACAUCUUUGCUGAAAAUCUGUUUUAACCAUUUCCUACUGAAAUAUAUUUGACAUUAGUGUAGAAUUUAUUGUACCUCUUUCUGAUAAGGCAGCACUUAUAAAGAAUUUUUUUAAGCUGUUAUUAAUUACUUUUUUAAUGGUUAAUAGAUAGGUUACUAAUGUGUUACAGGUCAGUUACAAGACAAUAAGCACUUUUAGGUUGCCAGGUAAUGGAAAAUGCCCCUUCAGCACGACGCUUUGCCAGCCCUUCAUCAAGUCUAUAGUUAUGAAUGCUAGUAAGUCUUCAAUAAAGGGUAAUGGGUUUCGCAUUAGUCACCUAUAAUCUUAAGUAAUCAUCAAUAAAGGCUUCAACUGCCGUUUCUGCAAAGGUGACAUCUCUGUUUACACCUGUAUUUGUAAGAUAUUGCAAGGAUUGAUUUGGAAUAUGGGAGGUCUCUCUUUUAACUAAUGGUUUUGGUUUAUAUGUCCACAUGAUUACUGAACAUUAUAUCUAGAGCUUAAAUUAUUUUUUACCAAAUGAUUAAAAGUCAGUGCCCAGCCUCUGUCGCUAAUGUUGGAAGACCAGAGUCCUCACUAAGACCAAGACAAAAGUUUUCAGAUCUUUACACUAAUAUUAGUUUAUAAAGCACUGAAUGAUUUAGGGCCACAAUACAUCUCUGACCUGCUGCUGUGUUAUGUACUGUCCAGGCGUCUUAAAUAACCUGGGACAUCUGCUAACUGUCAGAAAGAAUUCAGUUUUUAUCCACCACAGACAAACUCGAGGUCUCUGUUCUUUGGAAUAGAGGUGUUUUGUUUGCCACUGCUCUUUAGUGAAUUAAACAUGGGAUUAUUCAUUCAUAUCUUGGACUAUACUGAAGCUGUACCAUCACUUUUAUUC